UCAAUAAUCUGAGUUACAAUUCGUGACAAUUGGUGACAAUCGGCCGAUAAAUAUGUUGAAAUACUCGGCCGCAGACCGUAAUAAAGAUGCCAUUCUUCAAGUGUUGACUACAAUAGUGAAGAGUCACUACAAUAAUCAAGACAUACAACCAUUGAAUGCUUUGGAAAUAGGGAGUGGUUCGGGACAACACGUGACACAUAUGGCCAGACAUUUACCUCACAUCCGAUGGCAACCAACAGAUGUGGAUCAAAGUCUAUUUGAAUCGAUUAACUCAUAUAUAAAACACUUUAAUUUGACAAACGUUUGUCCGGCCGUUCAAUUGGAUGUGUCUUCUCCUAGCAAUCGGUGGCCAAUCUUUGAGUCAGAAAAGUUUGAUCUCAUAUAUUGUGCUAAUGUUAUACACAUCAGUCCGUGGAAGUGCACUAUCGGUCUGUUUGAAGGCUCGUCAAUGAUAUUGUCGCCCAAAUCGGGACUUUUGCUGACAUACGGUCCCUAUGCUUGUGAUGGUGUCAUAACACCUGACAGUAACGUCUCAUUUGACGAUAGUCUUCGGCAAUCAAACCCUGAAUGGGGUCUUCGAGAUAUACGUGAUCUCAAAGAGUUGGCCACAACUAAUGGACUAUCAUUUGUGUCAAUGCAUGAAAUGCCGGCUAAUAAUAAAAUAUUGGUUUUUAAGAAAACAUAA